UCCCAGAAGGCCAAAGCUGAAUCAUUGAGCAGCACACUAACAGUACUAACAGGUUUGUCUAAAUAAUUUUAUCCUUCUUUAUCACAAGCUAAAGAAACAGAUAGAGGGUAGUUUUUGGUCAGUUUGCUUUCUUUGAUUUAUUUCAGGGAAGUUAAAGACCUGCGCUUAAAGAACAGAAAGGUUACUAUUGGCAUUGGUUGUAAGAAUUUAACACAUACACGCAUCACUCAAAAGGUAUGUUUGCUAAGCCCAGAUCAAUUCAUGAUAUUUUUUCGCGGUCAGCUAUGUGUUACUCUAAUUUAAUCGUUAUUUAGGACUUCCUUCCUCCUUGGAAUUUCGAUUUACGGCGAUCAUUCUCCAUGUCGUCCAUUUCUAGCCUCUUAAUUGACCCAAAUUUAAGUCUGCCAAUACUGAGGGUCUUAAAAAAUAACUGAGAAAUGAAGAUACUCCCUUUGCUCUGCAAGCGGCUAGACCUUCGCGUGGCUCGGACGAACACGUAAAAUGGCGGUCCCGUCUUCAGUAGGAGACGUAAAAAUAGUGUCUCCAAUUAGUACGUUCGUGGUAAAUACAUUGACACUCAACUUAAGUGCAUUUUGUUACCAUAUUUUUAAGAUUGUUGUGCAUUGUUUGCAUUCCCUGUGGCGAGGACGACACAGAGCCUGACAAUCUUUACAGUCUUACUGCAGCGCUCCUUAAAAAUCCUCUGAUCAUGUCUGUCACAAACUAGCAUAUUUUUUCUUGUGAAAUAAAAACGAUGUCGAUGUCGAUCAACAAAUUUCAGUAUCUCACUAACAUUCCAGUGAAGAUUUAACAUUUCUUGUGUGUGAGUAAUCAUUCAUCACUUCAACUGUUUCUAAGAAAAUGAUUGAAUUGAAUGGUUCUAGGAACUGUUUUUUACAACUCAUAAAACAGCAUAUGUAAAUCUGCAAUAGUUUGAUAGUUUUCUUUAGCACUCUACGCAAAGAUUAUCCGAAAAUAUCUGGUGUCUUACUUAUCAGCUGACUUAUGGCUUACUGUCCUUGAAAACGAGAAUGGUUUCCCUAAAAUUUUCCUAGUGGGAGUGACGGGGACGGGGUAGGGUGGGGUGAAGAUAGCCAUGAGCCAAGGCUAAAGACCAGGUAUCGAUUUCGGCAAAGAAAGAUAAGUGUUAGCACUGGAGCCCCGAGUUAGAAUUCCUCGUUUAUGAAGAUAUGUUGGUGACAUUGUAAUAACAUCUUGAAUUAUUUUCAGGAAAAUUAUUUUGCUUUGGUAAUAGUGGAUAGAAAUCAGAAAGUCGGAAGCUGUGUAACCUAGAAUAAGCCAAGUCGUUGUGUAAACAUGUACUUGGGACUUUUCCCCAGCGAUCUGAUUGGUUCCGCAAGAGAAAUUUAUUUCUGCAAAAGCCCCGCCUCAUUCUGGGUCAAUUCUCAGCUAAACUUUCAGAUCCUUUCAAAUCGCUGCAGCAAGGAUGAGGUGUUGUUUUCAUGAAACUGAAUAGAGAGGUUAAGCAUCACGUUUACGUCAAACGGCAAACGAAUUUGUACCACGUGACCAAGUUUCCUCUUUACUGUUUUUUAUGUCAAAUCCUUCUCUUUGAAUGCCACGAUUCCUGUGCUAUUUUUGUUCUGCAUGUUGUACUUCUUCAACAUUAUCGAUGUUACUCUGUAAGGUUACUUCGGGUAUCCUCUAACAGCUUGUUUAUUUGUUCUGUGAAGGCAUUGAGCUAUACGUCGGCGCCAGGUUUCAUCAGCAAUGCGUCUCAAAACUGGAACUUCUCUUCUGAGCCAUUUCCUGUUUAAAAAUGAAAAGCCCGGGAGAAAUCCUGUUUCGUAUAGAAAGCCAAGUUUUUGCAAGCGAAGAGUAUGAAUGCAAGUGAAGGUAAAAAAUUCCCGUGAAUUGAAGCGAUACGUUUCACAGAAUAUUUCAAGCAAUUCCUGGAACUCUACGGCAAAUAAAGUCGGUGUUUUGGCUAAAUUUGUAUUCAGCUAGACUUUGUUGUAUUCAUUUAAUUGAUAAAUUGCUUUAGUUAUUAAGAGUUUUUCUAGAAAGUGUGACACGGUUUGUUUUUCCUUGGUAGUAAAACAUUUUAUACACGACGGAAGCAAAGAUUGAAAAUGAUUUGAUACGCUCGCAAAGCUUUAUGAACCAGUUUAGUAUUGAACUCUUAUUUGAAAUGCACUCUUUCACUCACUCCAACGCUCGCGUCCUCUUAACUUUAUCGUGGACAGGUUUCAGGCAAAUAAUACGCUGGUUUAUUCUCACGGACUUUUAUAAAAUGUAGCUUGACAUAAACCGUACACUUAUUUUGGUUCAAAGUUCAGUUUUUAUGGAUCGCCUAUGUUGUGUAGCGUUACAAUGCGUGCACCUUAGUGCCAACCAUUUUUCGAUGGCAUGGGAAAAUGGCAUUCAAAUUCCAUUUCCAUUUUUCGUUUUUCGUUUUUGCAUGACAUUGAAAACAGAUUUGAAUUUUGCUUUUUGUUCUUCGUUCUCUCAUCACUUUGAAAAACGGAUAAAAAUUUCG